AGAACUGCUUCUGUGUGUUUGUUGUACAGGUUAUUUCGACCAGGACCAAAUUAACCCAAGCGAUAUGACAGCCCUUAGUUCUACUUCUAGGGUGAUCAGCAAGAGAAGAGAGAAAAUAACCGCUCUGCCCCUCUACUACUCUGGAUAUUUACUAAAGAAGUACACGGGAGAGAAGGAUUUCAAGAGGUUUUUUGGAGAACUACGAGGAUCUACAAUCUUUCUGUACACAGAUGACAUGCAAGAAAAAUAUUCUGAGAAGGUGGAGCUCCAGAACUUGAAGGAGAUGGUGGUGGACACAAGCAGAAUCAGGCCUGGACCAUCAGUCUAUACUCUAACACUCCUUAAGGAAGAAAUACAACUUAAGAUUGAUAACCCAGAUGCUGGAGAGGAGUGGAGAGGCUUUCUCAUGACUGUUGCAACACUCGAGUUACCCUGCAAGCUGCAGCUGCUCCCGGGCCAGAUGCUGAGGCUGGAGGAGGUCCUGCAGCUCGAGCGUCAGAGGGCCGCCCAGUCCCCGAACCCUACCCCAUCCCCAUCACCAGGCCCUCCACCCUUCCCAAGUGACAGCGGGACCCUCAGGCUUCACCCCAUCCUGCCCUCGCCCACAGUUCCCAACGACUCCUACGAUGACGUCAUCAGCGCCGUGCCCACCUGUUUCUUCUCAGUGUCCCGUCAGGAGGCAGAGCAGAUGCUGACAGACAACCCUGAGUAUGGCAGCAUCAUUCUGCGUCCUGCGGCUGACAAUGUCAACUACGCCCUCACAAUGAGACAGGUCUUUCCCAGUGGUCCGGUUAUGAAACACUACAAGGUACGAUCAGGGAACCCUGGAUUUAUCAUUGACCUUGAAGAGCCGGUGAUGGUACCCAGCCUCACAGCGGUUAUGGACCAUUUCUUGAAAGAGACAGCACACCGCCACCGGCCGUACACCGAACCCCAGCCCUAUGACACUUGCAUAGUGAUACCACCUGACCUGCCCAGUGUGCCAUCAAAACCACUGCAGUCAUCGGAACCAAAGACCGUCCCGCGUGCUAGAGUGGCACCCAUGAUCCGCACCCAGCUGUCCCCACCCGACACGCCAAGCCCCCCGCUGCCCCUGAAGCCCACCGUGGAGGAGAACGAAUACCUCAACCCAGACCUUGUUGAGCAAGGCAAACAUCACAGCGGAGAGUUGAAGUCCUUCAGCAAGGAGCUCCACCAGAUUUUAGAGAAAAGGAAGGAGCAACUGGACACAGCUGGCGGAGGAAAAGUGGGGACGCUCAAAGUCACAGAUAUUUAA